AUGGGUGAUCUGACAACUGAACAAAGUGAUAUUAUUGUUGUUUGUCCAUCAUCAAGACAUUUAUUUGACACGGUUUGCCAAGCUGGAGAAGGCUUGAUUGAUGCAGCGUAUGCAGAUGCAUUAGAAGAGAAUCCUCAAGCUUAUAUCAUAGAUAUAGAAACUGAUGGUCAGCUUCCAUCUGAUGUAAUUUAUUUCAUUCCUUGGAAACCACAUUCUGAUGAAAAUCUACUUCGUAAAUCACUUCAAAAAUUUAUUUCAAUUGCCAUGGAGAAGGCAGCAUAUGAUGGUUAUCGAAGAAUAGCCUUUCCAGCUAUUGGUUGUGGAGAAUAUGGUUGUUCUGUAAAUCUUGUUGCUCAAAUUUUUAUAGAAGAAAUCCAUCGUCUUUUAACUACAUAUUCAAUAUCGGUUUCAAUUGUGAUAGAACCGAGCAAAAAAGCGAUAUAUCAUGCAUUUCAAGCACAGAUCGAUCGUUUAUAUAUAACACAACAAGAGUUGAAUUAUUCUGGUAUAUCGUCCGAUAUUGGAAAAGGCAAACUUGAGAUUAAAAUGGGAGAUAUAACAAGAGAAAAGGUCGAUGUUAUCAUUGUCAGUUCAUCUUCGAUCAACUUAAAAAGUGCAAUAAUGGAAGCAGCAGGUGAUGACAUUCAAUCGUUCUAUGAUGACGAACUUAAUUAUAAUCAAUGUUCUUUACUCAUACCAACACCACCUGGUGAUCUACCUUGUGAAACAAUAUUUUUUAUUAAAUGGAAACCUAAUGAUGACGAAGCUAUACUACAGCAAUCUAUUGUUGAUUUUGUGUCAAAUGCUAUUCAAAAUAUGAUCUCAUAUGGCUUCAAUUCUAUUGCAUUUCCGGCAAUUGGAUGUGGAGAUUAUGGCUGUUCUGUAGUUCUUGUAGUUAAAACUCUGAUAAAAGAAGUCAAAAAUCAAUUGCUAAAGAGAAAGUUACCGUUAAAAGUAAUAUUCGUUGUACAACCAGAUUCUGUCAAUGUUUAUGAUGAAUUUUGUAAACAAGCAUUGAAAUCUUCGGAAGGAGUGGAUACAAUAGCACUGUGUCAAUUUCCUGACACAUGGAUACAUUCAGCAAACGAUCGAAAACGAUUUCCAGUGUCCCCUAAUACAGAUGAAUAUAUGUCAGUUUUUCAAGAUUUCUAUCAAGAAAUGAGCAACAUGGAUAUUUGUGUCAUAAAAAUUGAACGAAUUCAAAAUGAACGAUGGUACGCACAAUAUUUGGCACAUUGUCAAGAAUUUCAAAAACGCAUGAAAAGAAAUACUGAAAAACGUCUAUAUCAUGGCUGUCCUGAGAAAGCAGCAAAUUUAAUUAUAGAAGAUUGUUUUAAUAGAAGUUUUGCUGGGGUGAACGGCACAGUUUAUGGUGUAGGUGUGUAUUUUUCAUCGAAACCUAGUUACAGUCAUACAUAUACUAGACCAAAUGCAGAUGGAGAGCGAUGUAUGUUUGUGUCACGAGUUCUAAUCGGCAAAUCAACGCUUGGCAAUUCAUCAAUGAAAACUCCGCCGCUUGGAUUUGAUACAACAACAGAUAACAAGCAUAUUUUUGUUACUUAUCAUGAUGCACAAGCAUACGCUGAAUACUUGAUAACGUAUAUAAGAGACCGUCAGUAG